AACAUGACUGAUGUUGAAGCUUCAGAUAAACAAGAAGAGGUAUCCGACUCUCGUGCCGAAGACGAUCUUCCCCAAAAGAUAUUAGAAAAGUAUAAUAGCGAUCUUCGAGUACAAAUAAUCAAAGGAUACCGAAUCUUACAAGUUAUAGCGUACCAUUUGAAGGACAGUUCAUUUUUCGAAAAACCUGCCAAUGAAAAACUGGCCGGAAAGGAGUACUACGAUGUUAUCAAAAAUCCUAUGUGGUUUGACGAAAUUAAAAGAAAGAUAUUCGAUGUCGAGUACAAUUCAUUAGUAGAGAUAGUGAAAGAUAUGCGUCUAGUGUUCGAAAACUGUUAUUAUUUUUGGGGACCGAAAACUCUCAUGAGUGAGCAAUGUGUCAAAAUGGAACGAUUGAUGGAAAAGCAAUUACUCAUGUUGCCUAGAGAUUUAAGAAUUCUAUGUUCCCUGGAGGAAACUCAUGGUAAAAAUACGGAUAAAAUUGUAACGAAAAUCUGGAAUCGUUACAGGAAUAAAGGAAAAGGGUGUUCGAAUUUAAUGCUAAGAACGUGGAGAAAACGUAGAAUAUCAGAAGACGAAGACUACCGCAUUAAAUCAGAUCUGGCCAAUUACUGCUCCAAUAAAAAACAAAUUCUGAAAUGGGAGAGAGAAGUUUUGGGUUUGGAAGAUAAUUCCAAUACUACGUUUGAUGUUGUGCAAUUACCUCAAAUCGGCCAAUUCUUCCACUUAAUCGGCGAUACACUUGCCAGAGAAGCGUAUUGUCAGAUCGAAAUCGAGCGUAUGUUUUUAAUUCCGAAAUAUUCGAAUUCGUUCAAGGAAAUUUUAUCUUUACUACUUUUAGAGGAAAAUUCCGAAGAGUCUCCUUCGUACGAUGAUUUAAUGACUAAAUUGAAAGAUCUCUUAAUUGAAUGGUAUAUGAUUUACGAAGACAAUAAUCACGACGAUGAUGAGGCAUCUCGUGUCGUUGGCAUUGAACCAGAAUUCUUUAGAAUUCUCGGCGAAACGAAUCCGUUGCUGAAUUCAUCCUACGAAGACUUAUCCUACCGUCAGAAAGUUGUAACCGUUAAAUCUUUAUGCGAUCAUUUUGUGUACGAAAGAUCCAAUAUCAAAGAAGCGAUUGCGAACGCCGAUGAAAAAAUAUUCACAUCGGAAACGAUCGGUCGUGAUAAAUUUGGAUACGGUUAUCUGUUUUUCAACACUUUUCUCGAUUUCCGUCUGUACAAACAAAAAUUAAUAGAGGAUGACGUCAGCUCAAAUAAUAAAUUUUACGAUGAUUUUUCAAACGAAACGUUGAAGAAAUUUUUCCCUAAAGGAUGCACGAAUUUCGAAAUGGUAGCUGACUCGGUCGAAGGAUUACGCUGUUUAAUCGACGAGCUUAUUUAUUCGGACGCGGAACCUUCGAAAAAAGAUGGCAAAUCGACGAAUUACGAAGUGAUCGAAUCUUUACGCGAUCUAGAGAAUAGAAUUAUCGAGAAUGAAAAUUUAUACAUCGAGCGGACUAAUCGAGCUAGAAUGAAAUUAUACGACGAAUGGAGAAGCCACAACUCAGAUUGGCAUGAUGAUCCUUCGGACGUAGAAGAUGCUUCGAACGAGUGUCAAGAAAACGGUGAAAGUGAACAAACACAUGCCAGCGAAGCUGACGAUUCGAUUUGCGAUUCUCCUGUCAGCAAAAGCACCCUGGGUAAAAGUGUCGAUAAUACGGAUGAAGAUGAAACUCGUUUCAGUUCAAAUACCACCGAUGAGGUGAAGGAUGACCAAAGAAUCGAUGGCAAUGACGAGCAGCUUACCAAUGAAACCGAUGCCGAUGGACUUUUCAUUAAAACUGAAAUUAAAGAUGAACCGUUGAACGACGAAUUAUCAUCUUCUGAAACCUCCACGUACAGCGGUCGCCGAAGACGAAGCUCGGUACCCAGUUACAACAUGUUCGAUAACAAGAUCUUCAGCGACGAAAGCGAUUCGGAAUCAGCCGAAGAAAUCUACUCGGAAGGCGACGACUCGGACGACGACUGGGACGCGCCCAAAAAGAAGAGCAGAAAAUUACCGAAAAAUAAAUUAGUCAAACAACUGAAACAAAACGCCGAAGAUUCUAACCGAAGGAAACGAAAAUAUCGCCGAAGAAACGAACCAGAAUCGGUCGCAGCCGAACCCGAAACGACUGGGCCCAAACCAGCCAUAAUGGAGAUAGAUCCGACGACCAUUAAAAAGGAAGAAGAACUCGAUAUCAUGGAUUCGGCGACUGCAACGACGACUACUUCGCAAGAAAAUUACGCUAUGAAAGAAGAAGAUAAAAGUAAACCGGAACAGAAGAUAAAAGUGGUAUCUUUGGCGAGAUUACAAAACAAUUCCGAGAAUAUUUCGAAAUCGAGGGAAUGCGCUCCUUUACCUCGGAUCGUCAGCCAGGGUAGUCUUCAAAUGCCAUCGCAAGGUACACCUUUGCUGAAUAACUCGAUAGUUUCAUCUUCAGCACCGCCGAACGCUGGGAAUACGUAUUCUGGUGUCCAUCCUGCGACUUUUGCUAUCGUAGGACAACCUCAAGUGAUCAGUAACGCGUAUAUUAUCACCACGAAUCAGAAUAGCUUUCAAGGAGGUUCGGCUCCGCAAUACCAAAUGCAGCCUUAUCCACCGUCCGCGUAUAGAGCUCAGGGUAUUACUGCUGCGAACGCUGCUGCAAUGCGGAAUCAUCAAGUUCCUCGUAUCGUUAACGCUACCGGUGCGUUUAUUAACGCUCAAGCUUCGAAUAAUAAACUACUGGUGGUUAAUCAAAACAUGCCUAUUCGAUUUACUCCUUCGAUGCAGCAGCAACAACAACAACAACAACAAGUGUCCAGAACUCCACUCAAUUUCUAUAAUAAAUCGGCCCGGUUCCGACCAAGUCAACCACCUUCGACGACGCCACCUACAUUUAAUAGACAAAUGUCUCAUUCGAUGCCGCCUAAAAAUAAUACUAAUUAUGGAAGGAAUACCCUAAGCUCUAAAUUAGGUCGUAAUGUUACCGUGAUUCCUAAAGUUAUCAAUAAAAUCAACGAAAGAGGCAACUCGUUCAAAGAAAUUGAAGGAGCUAUCGGAAUUCAUUCGGAUAAUGGUACGUUGCAAUACGUCGUGAAUUUAGCCAACGGUACUCACGUUCCAUUAACCAACGAUCAAGUUCAAAAACUUCGAGAUGGUAAUAAUGGGGCUCUGCCAUUGAAACUGAAAAUCCCAGUACCGAUGGAUGUUGCUGAGAAAAUUGAGCCCUGUGUCGUUAUCGAUGAUUGAAUCGAGUGUUAUGAUUUUUAAUGACCACUGUGUGGUGUGUAGGUAACUCUAUAGGAUGAGCGUUAAGCGAGUAUAUUGUUUAAAUAUACGAGUAAGUUUAACUCUUUUGUUUUAAAAGUAAUGCCCUUCGGAUAUUACGGCUGUGAGUUUUGAUUUUGUCUACGUAGUACAUGAUACCUAGCUGACUAAUUUUGUUUUUCAAUUUGUUUUAAUUUUUAUUUAUUUAAUAUUUUUAUUAUUAUUAAUUAUUACGAAUACGUGCACCAAGUCACUGAUUAACUAUAAUGAGCUGGUUUUCUGUAUCCGAAUCGUGGAUUUAUGUACGGAAUACGUAUGUAUAGUUUAGGAAAAUUAGCAUUCCAUUGGGAAAGUGCCUUCGCGUCCCUGGUGAUCGUUCUCCCCUAUUCUGAAUCUAAGCCCUGCCCAAAUUUGGUUUUUGGCCUGAGUCUCUUCAAUAAUAUUGAUCCUUGAGGAAAAAUUUUGUUUUCUAGAAAAUUUAAUCACUAUUUUUUUGUCAAAAUUGCCACAAAGUUAUUUUCUGCCAAAAUUAUCAGAACAGUCCUGUUUUUGGCAUUUUGCUGCAAUCUUCAAAAAAUCGUAUUUUUCUGUCAAAAUUGUUUCAAGAAAUACUUAUUGUUUCUUGUUAGAAAAUUCCUGUAUUUAAAAAAAAUUGUCAACCAAGGUCAAAUUUUUGCCAAACUGUCAAAAAGAAAAUCCGGUAUUUUGUCAAAAUGGUCAUUAAGAAGUUGUGUUUUUUUAAAAUCCAAAUUGCCCAAAAAAGUCCUAGUUUUGUCAAACAAAAGUCAAGUAUAAUUCACAAAAAAGUUUGGAUUUUGUUCCUUUUUGUUAAAAUGGACAAAAAAAUCCUACAUAUUUUUCAACAAAUUGUCAAAAACAAACAAAUGUCAAGUUUUCUGCCGAAAUUGUCCUCAAAAAAUACUGUGAUUUGUCAAAAUUGCCCAAAAAAAGUCCUAGUUUUGUCAAACAAAAGUCAAGUAAUUGACCAAGAAGUUUGGUUUUUGGUUCCUUUCUGUUGAAAUAGACAAAAAAAUCCUACAUAUUUUUCAAAAAAUUGUCAAAAACAAACAAAUGUCAAGUUUUCUGCCAAAAUUGUCCUCAAAAAAUACUGUGAUUUGUCAAAAUUGCCGAAAAAAGUCCUGUUUUUCGAUUGCUACUUUUUUUUGUCAAAAUUAUAGAAAAGAUUAUAUCUAUUUUCUUGUCCAGUUUGUCAAAAAAAAAACUAAAAAGUCACGUAUGGUUCACCGAAGUUGUCAAUAAAAUCCUUAUAUUGUAUCAAAAUUGCCAAAAAGUAAUGUUUUUCUGAUUUUUUUUAUACUCAAUUAAAAUUGCCAAAAAAGUCAAUAUUUAUCAAAAAAAAUUUUUUUGUUUUUUUUGUUUUUUUUUAAAUUGUUUUUUUUUUUCAAAAAAAAAAAAAAAAACAGUAAAAAAUGGUCUUGUAUCUUGUCAAAAAUUCAAAAAUUGUCAGAAAAACUAAAAAGUCCUGUCUUGGCUGUCUUUUAUCAAAAUUGCCUAGAAGUGAUGUUUUUCUGAUUUUUAAAAAAAAUUAAAAUUGUAAAAAAAAGUCAAAAUUUAUCAAGAAGUUGUGUUUUUCAGUUUUUUUUUGUAUACUUAUUCCAAAAUUGUUUUAUUUUUUAUUUAAAAAAAGAAGUAAAAAAUGGUCCUGUAUCCUGGCAUAAAUUCAAAAUUGUCAGAAAAAUCCUGUAUUUUAUCAAAAUUGCUCAGAAGUGAUGUUUUUCUGAUUUUUUUAAAAUCAAAAUUGCCAAAAAAAACCAAACUUCAUCAAAAAGUUGUUUUUCAAUGUUUUUUUUGUUUUUUUUCAAAAUUGUUUUUUUUUAAAGAAAGUAAAAAAUGGUCCUGUAUCUUGUCAAAAAUUCAAAAUUGUCAAAAAGAAGUCUUGUAUUUUAUCAAAAUUGCCAAAAAAAAGUCAACUUCAUCAAAAAGUUGUUUUUCAAUGUUUUUUUGUUUUUUUUUCAAAAUUAUUUUUUUUUAAGGAAGUAAAAAGUGGUUCUGUAUCUUGUCAAAAAUUCAAAAUUGUCAAAAAGAAGUCUUGUAUUUUAUCAAAAUUGCCAAAAAAAAGUCAACUUCAUCAAAAAGUUGUUUUUCAAUGUUUUUUUGUUUUUUUUUCAAUUUUUUUUUUUAAGGAAGUAAAAAGUGGUUCUGUAUCUUGUCAAAAAUUCAAAAUUGUCAAAAAGAAGAAGUCCUGUAUUUUAUUAAAAUUGCCAAAAAGUGAUGUUUUUCUGAUUUUUUUUUAAAUCAAAAUUGUCAAAAAAAGUCAAACUUUAUAAAAAAGUUGUUUUUCAAUGUUUUUUUGUUUUUUUUUUCAAAAUUGUUUUGUUUUAUAGGAAGUAAAAAAUGGUGCUGUAUUUUGUCAAAAAGAAAAAGUCCUGUAUUUUAUUAAAAUUGCCAAAAAAAAGUCAAAAUUUUUCAAGAAAUUGUUUUUUUCAGGUUUUUUUUGUUGUUUUUUUUUAAGAAGUAAAAAAUGGUCCUGUAGAUCUUGUCAAAAAUUCAAAAUUGCCAACAAAAAGUCAAAAUUUAUCAAGAAAUUGUGUUUUUCAGAUUUUUUUUGUGUUUUUUUAAAAUGGAUUUUUUUUUUCAAGUAAAAAAUGAUCCUGUAACUUGUCAAAAAUUCAAAAUUGUCAAACACAAGCCAAGUAAUUUACAAAAAGUUGUGUCUUGCAGUUCUUUUUUGUUCAAAUGGUAGGAAAAAUCCUAUUUUUUGACAAAUUGUCAAAAACAAACAAAUGUCAAAUUUUCUGCCAAAAUUGAAAUUUUUGAAUUUUUGGACUAAAAAAUUAAGACUUUUAAAGUUCUUGCAAAAAUCUCAUUUAUAAAAAAAUCAAAAGAUGGAAAAUUUUUGAAUUUUAGGAAAAAAUCAAGACUUUUAAAUUUUUGAAUUUUAGGAAAAAAUCAAGACUUUUCUGUACUUACUGAAAUCUUGACAAAAAUUAAGACUAAAAAAAAAAUUCUGACAAAAUAUCAAGACAGUUGGAAAAUGGAGACAUUUUUGAAUUACUGAAUAAAACAGGAAUUUUUCCAAAUGUUGGCUAAAAAAUUGUGAUCUUUUUCAAAUUUCCGAUAAAAAUUGUGGCUUAUUCGUUAAAAUCUUGAAAAAAAAUCAGAAGUUUUUGAAUCUCUCUCUUGAAAAAUCAAAAUUUUCUCAAAUUGACAACUAUUGGAACUUUUUUGAAUUAAAAAAAAACAGAAUUUUUUUCAAACAUUUUUUUUAUCAAUUUCUGGCAAAAAAUCAGGGCUUCUUGAAAUCUCUGGUUAAAAAAUCGAGACUAUUUCUCAUUUCUGACAAAAAUCAGGUCUUUUUUUAAACUCUCGCUGAAAAACCGAGAGUUUUUUUUCUGACAAAAAUCACGACUUUAAAUCCUGAAAAAAUAUCAGCACUUUCUUUACUCUGGCAAAAAAACCGAGGCUCUUUUAAAUUUCCGGCAAAAAUUCUUGACUUUUUGGAAGACUCGACUAAAAUUGAGAUUUUUUUUCAAUUUCUGGCCAUGAAUCAGGAUUUUUUAAAUCUGUGGUUAGAAAAUGAAAACUUUUUCGAAUUCGUGGCAAAAAAUCUCAGGUCUUCUUUGAAAUCAAAAUUCAGCUUUCUACCUCACUUUUCCCAAUGAACCCCUCUUUUUUGGGCUGAUUUUCCUGGACUAAUAACGAAAUUCGACUAAUAAAGUAUGUAAUCCGGAAUAAUUCAGGAUCGACCUUGCCUAAUUUGAUUUGUUCUUUGUUUGAUUAUUUUUAUACUUUUUGUUCCUCGUUUUUAAGUAUUUACAUUUUUUUUAAAUAACUAUUCGAGUGCAUGUAGCAUGUGUUUGUGGUUUUGUUAGGUCUAGAAAUUUAUAACUGUAGACUCUAUCUACGAGUAUGUAGAAUAUUGUACAUAAUACUUGUAUUAUUAAAAUGUACAUAGGUAGUAUAACUUUGCGAAGUAAUUGUACUUGUAAUGUACAGUGCUGCAAAUUUCUAACCUGUACGUUGGUGUACUGAUGAUCUUCACUACGAAUCACAAUUUUUCGAAUACGAUUAUUAAUAAUUAAGGAACCAAAUCAAGUUUUAAGUUAAAAUAGUUACCUAAUAACAUUUAAGAAUACUAUUACGUAGUAAUGUAGUAUUUAAAAAAAAAUUCUUUACGAAUCACAACGGGAAGUCGCAAUCAAAAACUUAUAAGUUUGAAUAAUUUAUACCUUGCUGUGCAAGAAAAAUUUGUAGGUAGUAGUUUUUAGUGGUUUCAAUCUUUGCGAAUGAUUUCGUUCCAAAAUAGAGCUAGAGCAGAUGUACCUGAUGGAGAUGGAAAGGUUUUACGUAAGAAAUUGGCCAAUGCUGAUGGCUCGACAACUUUUGUUUUAUUUUUUAAUAAACUUGAUUUGUUGCCAGUUAAAAUACGAAAUAUAUACGAUUUUUGAUUUUAGUA